CUAACCACUCAAUUCCAUCAUGCUCGGGCUCAUGAAGACAGAUACUCUCUUCAGACCUCUAAAGCACACUCUGCCGCUGGACGGCUCCAACUUGCUCUGCUCAAACAUCUCAAAACUCAUGCCAUCGUUGCUCUCACCACUCAAACUCACCAUGCUCAGUCAUCUGUUAAGGCCCCUUAUCUUCAUCCUCUUCCGACUAUGCAGUUGCAUCAUGCUUUUCCGACCCAUAUUUAAUCGCGUCAUAUUGAACAAGCUCGGACAAGUAUUUCGAUGGGCGCUUUUGUUCAAUUCACCCCAAUAUUUCAUUGCGCUGUUCAAAAUCCUCAUGCUGGCACUCAUGACCGCCGUCGUGUACAAUCCCGGUGCUACAGUAAAAUUUAUCGCUUUCAUAUACGCUAUUUCAAUUUUAAUCAUGAGGCUGACGCUGCGGCUUCUCUUGCGGGCAGGAUUGCUGACGUUUAAACUCCUUGUCAUGCUUGUAGGAUUCGCCUGGCGCGUUUGUCUACGGAAAUUGGAGCGUAUAUAUAGUUACAAGCCGCGUUAUGCUACAUUGUCGUGGACAACUGGUGUAUCCUCAGUAGAUCGUACCUCGUGUGUUGCUGUAUAGAAUGGAC